GGUUCUUCUUAAGACAUGAAACGUGCUCGUUCUAAACGCAUGACUAGGCUACUGAUAAGCCUUAUGACUGGUGGCAUCAAUCAGCCUCAGCUACCCGAGACUAAUGUGGGUCCCUCUCAGCCUCAGUUGCCCCAGCCUAUGGCGGGUCCCUCCCAGCAUCAGCCUUCCCUGGCUACAUCGGGUCCAGUCCAGCCUUUGUUGCCCGAGUCUACAGCGGGUCCUUCUCAUCCCCAGCUUCCCCUGCCUACGGCGGGUCUCUCCAAGAGUUUGCCUCAGGAUCCACACCAGACAAUUGAUUCAUUAGAGGAUACUUCUAGUGAUUUGUUGUUCACGAAGAGGAGUCGAGGCCCCACACGAUGCCAUCAAGUUUGGAACAUGCGUGAAGGGCAACGCAUUUUUAUUACCACCAACAAUCUAGGGCAGCCCGUUAAUGAAAAUGUUAGCAAGCUGACAAACUUUUUGGGGACAAUAGCACGUAAUGGGGAUUACGCACCCCUUACAUAUUCUAAUUGGAGGGUAGUGCCAAACGAGAAGAAGGAUGAUAUGUACGAACUUGUCAUGUCCAAGUUUCAGUUUGACAAAGAGAUUAAAUCUUGGGUGUUGAUGUCGAUUGGAAAAAAAUGGAGGGACUGGAAGUGCGAACUGAAGAAAUUCCACUACUCGCCUCAUGAUAAUGAUGAGGCACGGCUAGCAGACCUCAAUGAGCGUGUCCAUAUGGAUCAGUGGAAUGCCCUCAUUGAGUUUUGGAACUCUGAAGAGGGAAAGGCCCGUAAUAAGAUAAAUACGGAAAAUCGAAGAAAACAACGCAUUGGCCACGCUGCAGGCACGAAGAGCUUUGCGCGAAUACGUGAAGAAGAGAGAAACAAGAGGGCCAAUGGGGAGGAUUUGACCCGUGUAGAUAUGUUCUUAUUGACACAUAGACGCAAGAAUGGGAUGCCUGUGGAUGAGGCCUCAGCAAGAGCAAUGGAACAAUUAAAUGAACGAACUUCGCAGCAGCCAGAGGCUUCACAUAACAGCACUGCGAGGAAAGAUAUAUUCUCGGAAGUCAUGGGUGACGAACGACAUGGCCGUGUCCGCACUUACGGGUUAGGUCCCUCUUCUUCUGAUAUAUGGGGCACAACAUCCCAUAGUGUCCAGUCCCAAGGGAUGACCUCCGAUGCUCAGAAGAUAGAUGAACAAUAUGAGGAAUUGCAUGCUGAAAUAUCUUCCCUAAGAGAAACUAUGGCUGAUAGAGAUGCUCAAAUAUCUUCACUAAGAGAAACUAUGGCUGAUAGAGAUGUUCAAAUAUCUUCACUGAGAGAAACUAUGACAACAUUGAUGGCUGCCAUAACGAAUCCAAGCAUUAAUCUAGCUACAUUAUUAGGUGUUUCAGCUAAUCCCAACUUGAACCAACCCUCCUCAUCAUCAAGCCACUUGGUUCCAACCCCUCAGAGAGACUUGGCGAAUAAGGGGAAUUCUACAAGCUGCGCUAAUGUGACUCAAGUUCUUCUUAAGAGUAUUGUAAGGCAUGGGGAUACUCCUUACGUUGACUUGGCGAAUAGCUAUGGCACUGGGAAAAUGUCAGAAUUAGAGAGUUUUCUUGAGACGAACAUAGAGAAGUUCAAAACUUCGCCAAAUGAAUAUUGGCAAGAAAUUAGAGUUGUUCAGGCAAUGCAUGAAGUGGUAAUUGUCUUUGGGUCUUGCCUAAUAUUGCUUGAGUUUUGUGAUUUGGUUUGGAAAUGUGCAACAUUUGAUUAA